GCAUGGCAGAUGUAAAAGGGCCGGUGAUACGCCGACCGGGGUCAACUUCUGGUUGCCGAAGAUAGUAUAUGGAGUCAUGUAGUUUACCAUGAAGUUGAAUGACUAGGUAGAUGAUCUGACAGGUUUUCAAGAUGGAGUCGAUAUAUCGUAUGUUGUUGUUGGCAGCACUUCUGCCUUUCUCUGUUGCCGUAAGUUCCACGGUUGAUCUUGGGUAUAGCAAGUACAAAGGCAACGUACUUGACAAUGGCGUUUCGGAAUGGCUUGGUGUUCGUUAUGCUGCCGCACCAGUCAAGGACUUGAGGUUCAAGCUUCCUCAAGAUCCUAUCCGCAUGAGAGCGGUCCAGGAUGCUACCAAGCGGGGAACAGUAUGCAUCGGAACAGAUGCGGAUCCCAAGAUCAUUGGCGAUACUCAAUCUGAAGACUGCCUCUUCCUCAACAUCUGGGCACCAACAAAAGCCUCAGCGAAGGACAAGCUUCCAGUAUAUAUCUAUAUCCAAGGCGGCGGCUUCAACGGCAACUCAAAUGCCAACGCAAACGGCACUUCCCUUGUCGUUGCCGGCGACCUGGACAUGAUUGUUGUUUCCAUCAACUAUCGCGUUGGUGUAUACGGUUUUCUCAACGAUGCUGACCAGGUCACACCAAACGUCGGUCUCCACGAUCAGCGGAAGGCGUUCCAAUGGGUCCAGAAGCACAUUUCCAAGUUCGGCGGUAACCCUGACCAUGUUGUCAUUGGUGGCGAGUCUGCUGGUGCUGCGAGUGUCAGUCUGCAUCUCAGCGCUUAUGGAGGCAAGGAUGAAGGUCUUUUCCACGGCGCUAUUGCCCAAUCUAUCUCGUUCGGAUCUCUCCUUACUGAGAAGGAAUCUGUGUAUCAGUUCAACACUCUGGCGGUGCGACUAGGCUGCGUUGGCGCGAAAAAGGAUAUUCUUCCUUGUAUUCGUUCCAAGUCGCCCCAGGAGAUCCAGAAGAUCAACAAGAACCUUCCGAACCUCGGUAGCACUACGCCACCUCUGUUCAUGUGGACUCCCAGCAUUGACGGAAAGCUCGUUCCUGAUGUCACCUAUCAGGUUUAUGAGGAGGGGAAGUUUGUAAAAGUUCCUCUGAUGACUGGCGAUGACACCAAUGGAGGCACCGACUUUACGCCUGUCAACACAUCUUCUUUGGUGGAAAGCAACGAAUUUAUGAAGGCCAACUUUCCCUUCCUGACUCUGGAGCAGUUGGGGCAGAUCAACGAACUCUAUCCCAACAAAAACGAGUCUUGCCCCAAUCCUGGCUGCUGGUGGCGUCAGGUCAGUGACGUCUACGGAGAUAUGAGAUACAUGUGCUCAUCAAUGUAUAUCUCAAACGCACUGACACUCCAUGGAGUUCCCAACUCUUGGAACUACUGGUACGACGUAGAGGACCCAGCUCAGAUGGCCGCAGGUUAUGGUGUCCCUCACGUCGUGGAGAAUCAAGCUGUAUUUGGACCAGGACCGGGCUCGCCAGCCAGCUACCUCAAUGGCGGGAAGAAUGUCCCCGUGGUCCCCGUGAUCCAAGCCUAUUGGACAAGCUUCAUUCGUACCUUGGAUCCCAACACGCAUCGUGAUAAGAGUGCUGUCAAGUGGGAGCAAUGGACUGAGAAGGGCCGUAAGCGAAUUAAGUUUGAGACUGGUGGAAAGACCAAGAUGGAGAGUCCUAGCAAGGAUUUGCAGAAGAAGUGUGAUUACUGGGCCAAUAUCGGUCCAAGUAUUCGGCAGUAAAUAAGAUAGGGUUGCAAGGCGCGAGAUCAGAUGACACGUCUUGCGGAGAAAUCACCUAAGUUCUCUGUGGUGAUAUAAGCCCUCAGCCACAAGUGUCGACUGCAAAUAACACAUCUGGGUCACAACUUAGACAUUAUACCGCGGAGAAAGCAACACUCCAAUAUCAAAUUUAAGUUUUUGAAACACCACGGUGACAAAGACUACCGUUUGCCUGUGC